UCAAACGAUUGGUAAGUUGGACUGAAUAUAAGUUUUCCCUUUUGGGCCCAAGGCUCACUUGUGAUUUGUGGUGAUAAUCUGUAUAUUUCAUUGCAAAGUAUCAGAAGAAACAUAGUAAUAUUUGCCCCACUGUAAUUGAGAUAGUCAUUAUAAGUUAAUAAACCCUUUUGACUUUUUUUUAUAUAUCACAUUAAAUUUGCCAAAACAUGGUUUGUUAAGCAAGUUUUAUCUUUUCCCACUAGGCAUACCGUGACAGGGUUUGCACUGCCCUUUAUAAAUAUCAUGGCACACCAGUUGGAGCAGAAAGGAAGCGAAAGAGAAGGCCAAGUAGUGAGAGACAACCCAGAACACAGAAUCCCACAAAGAAGAAAGCUAAUGACACUGAUAAUUCCACAGGGAAUGUGACUGAAAGCCAAAAGCGUCGUACUAGGUUAAGAAGUAAUAUGCCCUUAUUUAAGGAUCCUUUGGCAAGCUCCAAACUAGAGAUGAUAAAGAACAUUAGAGCAGAGAGAGCAGCUGCUGAAAAUAAGAAGACUGAAGCCAUUGAACGAGCAAA